AUGAUGUGGUACAAAAGUUUGCCCGAUGAAUCCAUUACUUCAUGGAAAAGGCUCGGAAAACUUUUCUCCACGCACUUCACGGCCUCCCGAAGACAUCCGAAAUCGGAAGCGUCAUUAGAGGCCAUCAUCCAAGGAAAAGACGAAUCCCUUCGGGCCUACAUGAAAAGGUUCAACAAAGAGGCCGUGCAGGUAUCCACGACAGCCCACAUGAAAAAGUUUCUGUUCGAGCGGGGUCCCCGGCCACGCUCGGACUUCGCCAAAGCCGUCGGGAUCGAAACGCCUGCCACCUUGGACGAAUUCUUUCUCAAGGCUCAAGCGUACAUACAGUAUGAAGAGAAAGAGGCGGCUCACGCAGCCCGCAACUCUAGACAAGAGGAGAACACCAAAGGUGCUCGUCAAGACGACUCCCGCCGAGGAACUGACAAGAAAAAAGAAGACAAAGGUCAGGACCCGAAGGACUACAAAGUGCCAGCAGGGAAGUUUCGGGAGUACACCCCGCUAAACGCAUCCUGGGAACGCAUCUUGAACGAAUGCGCAAACGCAGAAUUCCAAACGGGAAAAGUCCGCUUCCCAAAAUCAAUGCCCGUUCGGCCGAACAUGGACAGAUCAAAGUUCUGCCGGUUCCACAAAGGCCACGGGCACAACAGAGAAGACUGCAUCCACCUGAAAGACGCAAUAGAGAAACUAAUCUGA